AUGACAUUCCUAGUACUUCUAACCGCCCUAGGCGUCUUGACGACAAGUGCGUCAGGACUUAUCAUCGAUCUCAUCCAAUCAGUUCCAGGAAAAGAUCUUCCAACUUUACGACUCUGCCGCCCCCCCAUCGAAGGGUUAGUUAACUCCCCACCGGCCAUUAACCCUCUGAAAACUUCUUGUCCGGUGGGUAGUUCCGUAUUCUGGCUAUGGAACUACAAUUCCCAACCCAGCGACAAUAUGCAAACCCUAAUAAAUCUCCUCGGCGUAACUCAAAAUUCUCGAGAAACCCCCUAUAUGCUAAGUGAAGUGGCUUAUGACACUCCUUUCUCAUAUGGAUUUACCAACCCGGGGUUAAGAUAUCAACCUAGUGUGUUUAAGGUAAAGAGGGGAGGAGAAUAUCAGGCUAUUGAUAGUAACAAUCCCUUUCAAGAAGGUGAUGAACUGGAGUACUUCAGUCCAACAAUCAAUAAUGAUGACGACAAAAAUCUUCGCAUCCGCAGCGAAAACAGGAAACCUCCAGUCCUAACCCGCCAACUUACCGACUCCAGCGGCGCAGCCCUCGAGUCUACAAAACUCUACCCAACCGUCACUCUCAAAAUCAAUUCCCUCGGAAACACCGAACUCGUUCUUCCAAAAGGGAACUGGCUACAACAAGGAGCACAAGGUCUAACCAACGUCGCCAACACUCUAAAAUCAGGAUUGAACACGUUCGUAGCCCAACCUCUUACAAACGCCGCAACAUAUAUUUCAAAGAACACGCCGCAAUGGCAGGAAAAUGCAAAAGCAUGGAUCGGCAAGACCGGUAACAAUCUUUAUAAUACAGCUGGCGCCGUUCUGAAUAACGGGGUAAAUUACAUUGCUCAGCCGCUUGCUAAUGCCGGUGGGUGGGUUGAUACGAAGGUUACAAAUGGGAUUAACAGAGCUGGGAAUGCACUUAAUGGCGCUGUGAAUUAUGUGGCUGCUCCUUUCAUCGCAGGCGGCGAGUGGGUUGACGCGCAGGUUGACAAUGGGAUCAAUAGAGUUCAAAAUGCAGUUAACAAUGCUGUAGAUUAUGCUGCCGCUCCCUUUGUCGCAGGCGGUAAAUGGGUUGAAAACACAGGUACCAACUACAUCACCCAGCCUAUCGCCCGGGCCGGGCAGUGGAUCGGAAACACCGCUACAAAUGCAUACAACACUGCAAUUCAAGAUCUGAACGGCGUCGGGGGAGCCCUAGGCCAAGGAUGGCAAGCAGCGAAGGACGUGACAAACCUGGGGCUUGCUAAUGCUGGGAAUUGGGCAAGGGGACAGAUAAAUAAUGGCCUGCAGACGGUGGGUCAAUGGGUCAAUGGCUAUCCGGUUCUUCAAUCUGGAGGCAUGACUGGACAAGUGGUUCAACCUAUGCCGUCGUAUAUACCAACUGCGGCUUUCCCAGUGCAGAGCGGAUCACCGGCUGCUAAUCAGGCUGAUAGUAAUGCAUUACCGAUUGUGGCACUUCAGGAGCAGAACUUGGGGGGUAGUGCUACUGGUGCUACAUUGAGGACUGGUGGUGAAUAUGAGACUGCGGAUGAGUAUCCAUGGGAUAUGAGUGCUAGUCAAUUUUUUGUGCCGGGGAAAGUGAAAGUUUAA